AUGCUUCACCGCCUUGAAGGUGUUUCAGAUCAAAGAAUUAAUCAGAAACCAAGGGGAAAACGUAUGUCUGGUGAAUCACGAAAAAAAGAAUUCAAUGCUCCAUUUCCCCCUGUUGUCAAGAAAGAACCUAAGCUCAAAGAAAAAUUAUUCAGUGAUAAGCCUAUUAUUGAUGAUGACAAUGAAGAAGAGCCUGAUGAAGAAGAGCUAAAAAGAAGGAAGCCGAAAUGGAUGAGCACCAGUGAAUCAUCUGUGAGGGCUCUCGAGACUAACAACUUUCCGAACGCGAAGUUCAAAGUUGCUAGAGAUUCAACAGUGAGUGCUACGAGUUUACCCUUGCUGACUUGCCUUGUCUCAACCCAAAUGACUGAGGUUGUAGCGGUGUUACGAAAGAAGCCUACUACUAUUCUCAAGGAAUCUCCAAAAGAUUUUGAGAAGCUAAAGCAAGGGAAGAUCUAUAGCAAGGAAUGGUAUGUGGUGUAUCAGGCUAGGGAUCAAACCGAUGCAGACUAUCGUAGAGGUUGUUUCUUCCUUUCUGAAAAACAUUUGUUCACUACUAAAUUUCUUGAGCAUAUAUUGGACAUGGUGAAGUGA